ACUUCCCAAUGUCCAAUGUUCCAAAAUGUCUGUGGCUAUUCUCAGUGAUACUCAUGAUUGUGAUCGUGACAAAGAGAUUCAACUAGAAUAUUUAAGUGUUGAUGAUCUUAAGAAGCUUAAUAAAAACACGAAGCUGAUCAAAAAACUCACUAAAAAAUUUGAUGCAUUUUUAGCAAGUGAAGCUUUGAUUAAACAAAUUCCAAGAUUAUUAGGCCCUGGAUUCAGUAAAUUUCUGACUCUGGUUAAUCAUAAUGAUGAUUUAAAUGCCAAAGCUGGGGAAUUAUGUUUAACAAUCAAAUUCCAACAUAAAAAAGUUCUUUGCCUUGACAUAGCAGUUGGCCGCGUUCAGUUGACCAAAGAUGAAUUGCUUGCCAACAUUAUGAUGAGCAUUAAUUUUUUGAUCUCUUUACUCAAGAAGCAUUGGCAAAUAUUAAAA